AUGUAUAAUCACGUGAAGGAUACCACCAGAUUUGGAUCAGGCUAUCAGCCAUCAACAUUGGACUUGAUAUUGACAAUCGCGGAGCUUGUGGGCCGUGAUCGUCGUGUUGCUCAGAUGCCCCUUAUUUUAUGCGUAGACAGUCGAUCAGAUGAGAAUAACAUUACCCUGGUGGGAAUUCCACCGCUGCAUGGUGAUGACGACCGAAAUCUUUUCGGCCAGGCUUUUGAGGCCGCUGUUCGCAAAACCAAGGCUCGUGCGGAAUUUCGNAACUGCAUUGAACUGCAUCGAGAGGAUAUGCUAAAGCUGUUCGAAGCGUUGUCCGCUCUGUUAUCCUAA